UCUUUGUUUUUGUUUUGGUUUUUAGUUCAGUCCUAAAACGACAGCUUCGGCAGCUAAAGUAGAUCUAGUCUAGAUCUAGUUUUAGAUCUAUAUUCGUUCAAUAGAUCUAGAUCUAUUUAACUAGCUAGAUAAAACCAAAAAAAAAUGCAUCGAGCAUAUUUCCCAACACUCAUAACUGUGAAAUGGUUGAAAGAUCUAAUUUCUCAGACAGGAGUUUUGUCGAAAUAUAGAAUUCUUGAUGCUUCAUGGCAUCUGCCUAGUGCUAAAAGAGAUGCUAUAAAAGAGUUUAAAGAAGUGCAUAUCCCUGGAGCUCAAUUUUUCGAUGUUGAUGAGUGUGCUGACAAAUCUAGAAACUUGCCUCACAUGAUUCCCUCUGUAAAAGUGUUUGAGGAGUAUGUAAACAACUUAGGAAUCAACAAUGAUACUCAUGUGAUUGUUUAUGAUAACAAUGCCCAGUUUCCAUUGUUUUCUGCUCAGCGGGUUUGGAUGACUUUUCGUUCAUUUGGUCAUGAGAAGGUGUCCAUUCUAGAAGGAGGUCUGCCAAAAUGGAUAGCAGAAAAUGGCCCUGUCACUGAGAAAAUAGAAACUGUACCAAUAGGGCAAUACAAAAGUAACUUUAAUAGUAACCUUAUAAAACAAAUGGCAGAUAUUAUGAACAAUUUGAAGAAUUCUGAAUUUCAACUUGUUGAUGCUCGUCCAGAAGGCAGAUUUAAAGGGAUAGCUCCUGAGCCCAGAGACGAUACAAAACCAGGUUGCAUUCCAAAGUCUGUUAAUAUUCCAUUUAUGAAUACCAUGAAUCUCAAUGAUCGAACCAUGAAAAGUCCAGAGGAAUUGAGGCAACUGUUUCAAUCUGCUGGAGUGGAUUUGGAUAAACCUGUUGUGUUUACUUGUGGUUCAGGUACUACAGCAUGUGUCCUUGCAUUGGCUUCCUACCUAUUAGGCAAAGAAAACUUUGCUAUCUAUGAUGGUUCCUGGACAGAAUGGUACCGUGAUGCUCCACCAGAGUUGAAGCUUAAUGUCCCUCAGUAAUAUUUCUGUGUCCAAUGGUUGUCAUUAAUGAUAAGGUGUUUUAUACUUCUAUAGCUUGGAAAACUUCAUUGAGUGUUUGGCUUAUCCUCUUUGACACUUUUGAAUAAAAUACUUUUUGUUUUAAAAAUAUCUAACACAUUCUGAGUAGAUUCAGUUCUCAGAAGGUUCUUAGGCUUAUCCAAAGUUAAGUUCAUGUGUUAUUAUUAUUUUUAAAUUGUUUGGCCACCAAAGCAGUUGAGUUCAACAUUAGUUAUCUGUUGGGCUUUAAGUGGCAAAUUGGCUACUUGUUGCAAAAGGUGUAGUUAAAUUGGUGGGUUGACUUAUUUGAAAAAUGAACAAAUGUUUUAAGCUUUACAAUUUCUAUUUCUAGUCAAAACUUUUAUUUUAUUUGUAGCUGUAUAAACUUCAUAUUUUGUACAAAGUUGUUCUUUUUAUAUUUGUAAUUGUUGAUGUUACCAGUACACUGAAAUGAGUGAGGAUGAAAGUCUUAACAUAAUGGUAGUGUUUCAAAUAAAGUUUUUUUCCAAAGCA